GAAAGACCGGCCCGGAAUCCGAGUGUAAGGGGUAUGGUGCUUACACGCUUACAUGUGGUCGUAUUGGAGCAAGCCGCCUUGCAUGUUGGAGCGUGCACGUUCGAGUGAACAGGUGCCCUCCCCCAGUGCUUCCAGCAGGCGUUAAUUGAGAGCAAGUAUCGGGAAAGUUAGCCCAACCGAGCAACGCGCAACCAUGAGCUUUUUCGCAUCCGUCGAAUUGGGACCCCCCGUGGAAGUGUUUGCCCUGAAUAAGGCUUGCAUCGAAGACCCCAAUCCUAACAAGGUUAACCUUGGCGUUGGAGCUUACCGCACGAACGAAGGAAAGCCAUGGAUCCUGCCGGUGGUGAAAAAGGCUGAGGCGGCUAUCAUCGCGGAUGGAUCGCUGAACCACGAAUAUCUACCAGUUCUCGGAAUGGACAACAUUACGAACGCCGCCACCACGCUUCUGUUGGGUGAAGAUAAUUGCGCACUUAAGGACAAGCGUGCCUUCGGUGUGCAGUGCCUUUCCGGCACCGGAGCACUGCGGCUUGGGGCCGAGUUUCUUGUGCGGAUUCUCAACCGUACCACGUUCUACUACUCCGAUCCGACGUGGGAAAAUCAUCACAAAGUUUUUACGUACGCCGGGUUCACGGAACCGCGCACGUACAGGUACUGGCACCAGGACACUCGUGCCAUUGACUUCGCGGGCAUGCUGGAGGACCUCGGCAAUGCACCGGAGGGAGCCGUGGUGAUUCUGCACGCUUGUGCCCACAACCCGACCGGCAUCGAUCCUACCGAGGAUCAAUGGAAGCAGAUUGCGGACCUGUGCGAAAAGCGGAAGCUUUUCCCGUUCUUCGACUCGGCUUACCAGGGCUUCGCCAGCGGCGACCCGAACAAGGACGCCUUCGCCGUUCGGUACUUCGUCAGCCGUGGAUUUGAGCUGUUCUGUUCGCAAAGCUUCGCCAAAAACUUUGGCCUCUACAACGAGCGUAUCGGAAAUUUGACGGUGGUCCAAAAGGAUCCUAGCACUAGCGCCGCGGUCGCUUCGCAGCUUACGCUGUUGGUUCGUGGUAUGUACUCGAACCCACCGGCAUUUGGUAGCCGGAUCGUGAGCCGCGUACUGACCGAUAAGGAUCUCCGCAACGAGUGGAUGGAGUGCAUCAAGACUAUGAGCUCGCGAAUCAUUACAAUGCGGAAGGCCCUUUACGAUGAGCUCAUCGCCCUCAAGACUCCGGGUACAUGGGAACACAUUACCAAUCAAAUUGGUAUGUUCUCGUACACGGGUCUCAAUGAGAAACAAGUACAAAUUUUAAUAAAGGAGUUUAGCAUCUACUUGCUGAAAACGGGACGUAUCAGCAUGUGCGGACUAAACGAGGGCAAUGUGGCGUACGUUGCGAAGGCCAUCCAUGCAGCGGUCACCAGGGAAUAGUACCCACUCGACGACAGCAGCACAGGGGAUGAAAGAUAGCUCUGUGGGAACCAACAAACAUCACCAAGCUACACCGAAGAGCUGAUAUAAUCAACGAACAGUCAGUCCUCUUUUCCCUUAACGAUCAAUCUCACACCAGAGACAUGCACCACGAUAAGCCUUAAGAUUUUGCAUUUGCUGUUUUUUUUUGCAUUUUGAAAUUUGCCUUGAUUGAUAACCAGCCACAAGGUUAGACUUUGGUCUGCAAACAAGAGAUGAUAAAGUCAAGGGCCUUGAAAACCACUUACACUUAUGUGGCUACGAACGAAAGAACAUAACGCUUAAAACCUGCAUCAUGCGGCGACACAGUACAAUACAUUUGAUAGAACACCACACCUUACACACGGGUCCUAAAUGGUAAUCGGUAGCCGAGUUAUGAGCCGUUGUAGGUAUAAUUGUUUUGUAGGGAGUGUGGUUUUUUCUGUAAUUUUGGUAAAUGAAGUUUCAUAACUGUUGUAGUUCAUUUUAAUCUGUCUUAAAGGUAGUGCAAUAUUUGGAGCCCGUGCAAUGUAUUAAGACGAAGGCAUUUCAACUAUGCUCACAAUGGAACAAUAAAUAUAUGCUGUAUUACAAAAAACGGAACAUUCUACUACAUAUUUUUUUUGAAAAAUGUCACUGUCAAAUAUCCGGCAACUGUAAGCAUGAAAAAAUCCACCUAACCGAAGCUCAUUUGGUUUGCAUUUUAUUUUAGCUUCAAUUUUGGUUUCAAUUUCUUGUGUACUUGAAAA